UUGAGUUAGAAGCAAAAUAACCCCUUUAUGCUCAUGAAAUGAUCAGCAUUAUUACUAUUACUAUCUGUACUAAACUAAACUUUUUCUGUGCGUUCUUUUCGAACCUUCACAAGUGUGACAUUCACACGCAACCUGUGCUGUUCUCUUCAGGAUGUGGGAUGUAAGUGUGAUAGCAAGCCACUUAGAAAUUUUUACAGAACUGCUGCUUAUCUGCAAGGUCAAACUCAUGGACAGCAAGUUUGAUCCUAAUCCAAAGCAUACGGCAUUUUAGUAACUCGCAAGGAAACGAAUCUCAAACACCAGCGUCUUUUAUCAGCAAAACUGUUUCAUAAGUUUCGUAUCAGGAGACGCAGAGAAAAAAAAACUAAAGUAAUCACACCCACAGUCGUCCACAAUCGCAUGCAUGCGCAAAACGCUUUGACCAGCAAAAUUAGUUUCGACAUCGAACCACAUGUUUUCCAGAUCGGACAUCGAAUAACAAGUUUCGCUUUGACUCCAAACUGGCUUUGAGCAUCUCUAGCAUUCAGUCACAACCGCAGCAAGCACUUCCCGCUUGUUCUUCACAUGAGCUUCGUUUAAAAACGAGUUUGAUCUUAUUGUAAAAAUCCACUUUUCAGAAUAAACGAAUAGAAAGUGAAUGUAAAAGAAAUCUGAUUGGUGUAACGGCUGUAAGCAGGCUUCCUGUAUCACAAGCACCAGCAGGAGGUGUGUGUUUAGCUGGACUGAGGUUGGUGUAAAUGCACUAAAGCCACCUUAAACAGUCUGCGUAACCAAAAAUAUAUUCAUCUGUGGUGUUUGCACUUUAAAGGCAGCUUCUUUAAAUUGAAUCGCAAAUGAAAUGGUUUCAGAAAUUGAUUUUAGUGUUGUUAAUCAACUAUAACUCUCUGUGAUAUCAGUAAUAUGCAUGUUUAGGUCAGACGUCGAGUCUGUGGAGGGAGGAGAGAAAUGAUGCAGCGGAGGUUUUUUUUUUUCACUGACUGAACCACAGGCUUUCCGCUUGAGCACUUUGAAGGAUAUUAUUUCAUAGCGCCGAACUGUUGAAGAAAAUGUUCGGCGGAUUAGUUUCGCUCUGUUUGUGUUGUUGCAGUCUGGUUGGCGUGUUUGGGGAUUCAGACUCGCUGAAGUCCGUGACGGAGGGAGACUCCGUCACUCUAACCCCUGAUCUUUCCAAUAAACAAUCUCAUAAUCUGAUCAUGUGGAACUUUAAAACUAACGGGCCUCUGAUUGCGAAAAUCAACCAAGAGACCAACGAUAUCUCGAUAAUAGAUGACGGUCCUGAUAAGAGAUUCAAAGGCAGACUGGAGCUGGAUCAUCGGACCGGAUCUCUGACCAUCACGAACAUCACAUCCGAACACGCUGGAGUUUAUCAAGUAACCAUCAGCAGCAAGACAAAGACUAUUUAUAGAUAUGGCGUGAUCGUCUACGCUCGUCUUCCCGUUCCUGUCAUCAUAAGUGACUCUCCACAAAAUUCUUCAUCUUCAUCUUGUUCGUUGUUGUGUUCGGUGGUGAACGUGGGUCAUGUGACUCUCUCCUGGUACAAAGGAAACCGUUUAUUGUCCAGCAUUGGCGUGUCUGAUUUUAACAACAGUUUGUCUUUACGUCUGGAUUGUCUCGAUGACUCCUACAGCUGUGUGGUGAACAAUCCCAUCAGAAACCAGACUCAGUAUCUCAUCAGUGAUCCCUGUCAGCCAUGUUCAGACUGUGCCUUCUGCUGUCAUGUUUCCGAAGCCGUCGCCCGAUUGGCUGUCUCUGUUGUGGUGGGCGUGGCUGCCGUCGUCAUUGUGAUUUAUGACGUUGUCACGCCAAAGCUGUAAAUGAGAGACGUUGUGACUUGCUAAUGCGAUGAUUGAUUGUUCAUGAUAAUUCAACGUGAAUAUAUAUUUUUUCAUUUGUAUUAAAUUCACUUUGUUUACAGGGAUUUUUUUUUUUUUAAAAAAGCUGUUUUUAUUUAUUAUUUAGACAUUUAUUUGCACCAAACUGACAACUUUGAACCUUAUCAAGUAUAUUUGAGGCUAAAUUAUAUGUCUACCAACUGCUAUAUCUGCAUUUCGCACAUUUUUCUAUUUUGAAGAAAUGUGUUUUCUUGGAAGGUGGUGAAAAAAGUGGUGUAAAAAGUAGGUUGAAUUAAAUAAGUGCGUUUAUAAAAAUAGCACAACUUCAACUUCACGCUGACUUUAAGGCUUUUCAUCUUUCAGUUUGCAAACUCACCAAAUAUGAAUUUUGCUAUACAACAAAAAACGUGAAUAUUUCAGUCAAAGAAUCAAGCGCAUUUACAUUUCAAUUGAUACUGCCUGAUUAUAAAUCUAAUAAAAUCAUUCAUCAUAAAUCAUAGAAUUUUAUUGUUCUUUAUAUUUUAAUUACCUUUCACUUUGCAAUCUAAACAUCUAAUAAACUAUAUUGGCAUACCACUAGUGGACUGUUACAAUAUUUUAAAUAGUUACAUUCAAUUCUAAAUGAUAGCUUUGCAAACUAGCCUUUCUUAGCAUACUACUAGCAUAGCAUGGUGAACUGAUAUUACAACCUUUAUUAAAAACUGAACAUGGCCAAGAUAUUGUGAAAAUAAACAUUUCUUUUUGUUUC